AGCUGAAUCAGUUCAUUCUAUAUAGAGGGGGUGGAAUUCAAUAUGUUAACAAGGGAACAUUAUUCAGCAGCUUUCAUUGGACUCUAUGAAGCUGAGGGAGUUCAUUCUAUAUAGAGGGGGUGGAAUUCAAUAUGUUAACAAGGGAACAUUAUUCAGCAGCUUUCAUUGGACUCUAUGAAGCUGAAUCAGUUCAUUCUAUAUAGAGGUUGAUGCUGCUAAACUUUUGCCCACAGCUGUACAUGAUGUACCGUAAUAGAGGUCUGUAUCGCUUGUGAUACGAGACAACAGCAUAAAGAACUACAGCUCCCAGCAUGCCUCGCCAUUGCUGUGGGUGCAGAGGCAUGCUGGGAGCCGUAGUCCUAGCCAGCAAGUUCUUUCCACAGGGCGAUGCAAAACGUUUGACCACCACAGCUGUGUGUGCGCGUAUAUUUGAAUGAAAAUCUCUUUCUAGACGCUUUUACUGGGUCAACAAAUACAACAGAUUUAUAGAGAGGACGAGGGCGCUUCGUUCAUUACUAGAAGCGGUCAAUAUUUAAACAGCGUUAUCUGUGUUUUGCCACAGAUAGCGUCUCCCGAGUUUACAACCCUCACAACUUCAUCAAUAAACAAAAAGUCUUUUUUUUACAACGAGCGAACUUUGUCCUCUCCCUCUCGUCCCUCUUAAACUCAGAUAAACACACAGACAUAAUAACAAUAAUAAAGGCGUAUUUUUCUGACGCUCUCUUUCCCCUCCGUGUAUUUUCAUUACCAAAAUGUAGAGGCUACAGUAUUUAUUUAUGAAUUUUCAUAGCGCAUAUAUUCACUUAAACUGGACACGGUACCGCCCGUAUUGAUGUUGUUGACCAACCAGUAUCGUCUACUGCCGCUAAUAUCGUUUAAAAUCGAUACCACUUUAUAGGUAUCGGCGACGAUUUAUUUGGCGGGAGUUUUGGUAAGUUCGCAAAGCGCGAGCGCCGUUUUGUGAGAAAAAAUAUAUACUUUAUAGACAAUUAUUUUACGAUACGAAAGACAAGCAGUUUUUUUUGGUGAACCCCCCUUCAAAAAAGGGCUGUUUAAUUUAUUUGUUAGUUAUUAAUUCAUUAAUUAAACCAAAUGAUGAGGCGAGAUGGCAGACCAGCUAGUGACCGUUACUGAGGAGAAAUUUGAAUUUUCGGGUUUCGGGUUUCGUGUUAAACGGCCAUAUUACAUGAAAGAGUGUCUUUUUUUUUAAAUCUCUGGCUUGGAGUUAUUCAUUAACUACGCCACAGGAGGAACAAAGUGAGUUUAUAGAUUUAUUAUCCAGGAAAUAAUACUACUAAAAUAAAACUUCACAGAGACAGAGAGAGAGACAGACCGAAGCCGCCAACAACAACAACGCUCAGGAUCGAGAAGUUUCUGCGUCGCAAAAUGGACGUUUCCGUUUCUCUGACUUGAAAAUCGUUUUUUUUUAUUGUAAAUGAUUUGUUUUAAUUGAUCGCCUUUAAAAAAAGAAAAACAGAAAGGCUUGUUCUCCUCAGUCUGGUGUGUUGUUAUUAACUUCAGACCAGACAACAACAUGACAACGUUUCCGAGAAGCUGCCUUCAAAGUUGAAGAAAAAUCUGUACCGUACCCGUUUAAAAUAUUUAUAAUUGAGUUCUGCUGUUAUUUUUUUUAAGGUAAUUCAAAUUAAAAAGCGACUUUUUAUCGUUUUUUUUUUCUUUUUAAGUCCUAAAACGCAACCUUUAAAGACGUGUUUGUUUUUGCUUAAUAAUAAUAAUAAUAAUAAUAAUAAUAAUAAUAAUAAUAAUAAUAAUAAUAAUAACCUACUGUAGUUUCACGAGUAACGUAUUAAUUCAAAUAUCUGCUGAAAUUGAAGUAUUAAAGAUAUAUUCAGCUGAAGAAAUUGCACUUUUCGAUAACUUAUUUAAAAAACUAUUUUUUUUCUCAUUUUACCUAUUUUUUUCUUACCAUACUUAAAACGUAUAAAUAAAUAUUAAUAUAUUUUAGAUAAUUUUUAACUGCGCAUAUUUUUCGUCAAGUAGUCUCGAGCGCAAAAACGAUACUUCUUUUUAAAAAAUAAAUCUACAUAUAUAAUUGUAAUUAUAUAUAUUACAUUUUUACCUCAAAUGACAAUAUUCCAAGUCACCAGAAAUAUUUAAAACGAGUAAUAAACCGAAUAAAAACUAAAAUAAAUCGAGAUAUAUUUUGUUUUUUACCGCAAAAGAUAAUAUUGUGAGAUUUAAUAUUUAUUACAAAACGAAAAAAUUAAAACAUGAAUAAAAAUACAAUUAAAAUGAGUCAAAGGGUGAAAUCUCUGAAUUUGGCGGGAUUCAUUCUGUUUUCCGGCUGCUGUUUUUGCCCGUGUUUCUCCUCGAGAAACUGCGAGGAUAACACGUUCACGCUCAACGUGGUCUUGCUGGAAGACAACGAAUCGCCGUGGACUUUGGAAAAAGUGAAGCCGGCGAUCGAGGCUGCCAUGGAGGUGGUUGAAAAAGACCUCAACGCCAACAGACAAGGUUUGAAUGUGACAUUGCAAGCCACAUAUUAUGGGUUCAACACGUCUCUCUACCUGACGAAGGGCUGCGCAUCGAGCACCUGUGAAGGUGUAGAGGUCUUAAAGAAACUUUAUUAUGACGGUACCAUGGGCUGUGCCAUUCUCGGACCCACCUGUACCUACGCCACCUUCCAGAUGGUUUCUUUGGAGACCAUCCUGGGGCUGCCCAUGAUUUCGGCGGGCAGCUUCGGCCUGUCCUGCGAUUUCAAGUCCAACCUGACGCGGGUCCUGCCCCCGGCGCGGAAGAUCUCCAGCUUCUUCCUGGCGUUCUGGCGCACCGCAGGGCUGUCCACGAAGCCGCACCGCUGGGAGACCGCCUACAUCUACAAGAAGGGAGUCAACUCAGAGGAGUGCUUCUGGUAUGUCAAUGCUCUGGAGGCAGGCUCUGCACAGUUUUCACAGAAUCUCACCUUCAAAGAAAUCCUCAGAGUUCCUGAUGACCUCAUCAGAAUUGUCACCGACCCCGGACGCAAAAGCAACGUGAUUAUAAUGUGUGGGAGUCCCGAGGAUGUCGAGGUUCUUUUGCGAGAAAAACCAGUUGAUGAAAACAUCGUCAUAAUUCUGAUCGACAUUUUCAAUCACAUCUAUCACACCAACACGACUGCGGGAAACUACAUGAAAAACGUACUGGUUCUGACCAUGGCUCCACCAGAAAAUAACUGGACCAGUGUACUCAACACCACCAUGCUACAGAACGAUUUCAUCACGGGAUACGCAGACGGAGUCUUCCUGUUCGGUCACGUCCUGAAAAAGAGCCUGGAAAAUAAGGAGGGGUGGAGAUUGUCCUUCAAGGACGUCGAUUUCCAAGCGGUCAGUGGGCGUUUCGUUCUUGAUGGCCAUGGUGACAGAGACAUCAACCUCACAGUCAUGUAUUACUCCACAAAGGACCACACAUACAAAACUCUCUAUGAAUUCAACACAGCCACGAAUAAAACCACGGAAAUCGACAGUCAGCCCAGCUUCUUAUGGAAAGGGAGUCUCCCUAACGACGCUCCAGACAGUGGAGUUGACACCCUCACUAUUGCUGUGAUCUCUUUGACCGUGGCUAUAGUUUUGGUUCUUUUCAUAUCGCUCGCAGUUCUGAGUUCCAGUGGCAGUCCGACAGCAACAAGUUGUCCAAGAGAUGCUCCAAGAAGUUACAGGAGGGAGCAUCGCUUCUAUCUCAAGAAAUGGUCUCACAUCCCUCCCGACAAAAUCACCUCUCUGCAGAACAAAGACAAGAAUACCAUCAGCUUAAAGAUUGAUGAAGACCACCGGAAAGACAGAGUGGAUCAAAUACGAAGAGGCCGAUACGACAAAAAGAUUGUCAUUUUAAAAGAACUUAAUUCUGAUGGCAACUUUACCGAGAGACAGAAGAUGGAUUUAAACAAGCUCUUGCAGAUCGACUAUUACAACCUCACCAAGUUCUACGGCACAGUGAAGUUUGACUAUGGGCUGUUCAGUGUGUUUGAGUACUGCGAGAGAGGCUCCCUCAGGUAUGUGCUCAAUGAUAAAAUCUCGUAUCCUGACGAUACUUUCAUGGACUGGGAGUUUAAGAUCUCUGUGAUGUACGAUAUCGCCAAGGGCAUGUCAUACCUGCACUCCAAGACAGAGAUCCACGGGAGACUGAAGUCCACAAACUGCGUGGUGGACAGUCGCAUGGUGGUUAAGAUCACUGACUUCGGCUGCAACAGCGUCACGCCCAUCAAAAAAGAUCUGUGGACGGCUCCAGAGCUCCUUCGACAGGCUGGUUUCUCUCAGAAGGGAGACGUGUUCAGCUACGGGAUCAUCGCCCAGGAGAUCAUCCAGAGGAAAGAGACUUUCUACACAGAGAGCUGCGACGAUCGCCAAG